ACAAUUUUCCCGAUGUUGCCCUACGGUGUUCGAAAUAUGGCAGAGAAACAAACGAAAAAGGUCGUUUCGGAGCAGGAACGACUCGAAUUGGCGGCACAGUUGGACAAAGAUCUGGAUGCUUUCAUCAGUUCUCUGGAGAAACGGCGUUACACAGAAGGAUGGCCCGAAGAUCGGUGGGAGGAAGAAAUGGCAAAGCAUCCCUUUUUCAUGCAAAAAUCACCCGAACCGGGCGAAAAAAUGAGUCCACUGAUGGAAGGGCUGCAGCAGCUAAAGUACGACCCGCUGGAAAACACCGAACAGGAGCUAGCCGACACGUACAAAGAGGACGGAAAGUUCUACAUGCAGCACCGCAAGUUCCGGAUGGCCGUGCUAAGUUACACGGAGGCGCUCCGAUACAAGGUUGGUGAUGCGGCUUACAAAGCGGUUCUGUACAAUAAUCGCAGUGCCGCAAACUACAUGCUGAAAAAUUUCCGCACUUCGCUGCAAGAUGCUCAGAAGGCGCUGGAAUUGAACCCAGAUUACGAGAAGGCUCGAUGGCGCGCGGCGCAAUGUGCUUCCGCACUCGAUCGGUUCGUGCUGUGCGUUGAGCUCUGCGAUACAAUUCUGCAGCGUGAUCCGACAAACAGUGCAGCGAUCGAUAUGCGAAAAGCUUGCCUCACACGACAAGCGGCCCAAAAUCGUGAUCUUCGGAAGGAAGCACGGCAGGAGCGGGAAAAGCAACAGAAAUGGGAACGGCUCGUUGCCGAGUUACAGCAGCGGAUGGUGAAGUUCGAGGAACGGAAUGCGCUGGAAGAUGAACGUAAGCUUAAACCACGGUUAGCUCCGUUGGAAGAUUUCAUGGUGUCUUGCGAUGAAAACGGGGUCCUGUCCUGGCCAGUAGUGUUCUGUUACCCCGAGUUUCAUACGACCGACUUCCAACAGCAGCUUUCGGAAACCACAAGAAUUCAAGAAGUCCUGGAGCAACUAUUCGCGGAACCACUCGAGUGUGAUAAAGCGAGAGUUUACCGUGCAAGCAAAGUAAACGUUUACUAUGAAAACAGGAUUCUUGGUUUUGCCUACAUGGUUGAUAAGAACAAAACGAUCCGUGAGAUCGUAGCAGAACGAUCGUUCGUAGUGUUUCAAGGCACACUAACGUUUUACAUACUGGUAAAAGGAUCCAAGCAGGAGGAAUCAUUCGUUACUCAAACAAGGAUACCUUUAAAAAUAAAUUACUGAGCUCCCGGCGAGGCACACGGUGCAUGGAAUAGAGAGAGGAUAAACAAAUAAAUUGAUUGUGCAUGCGUAAAAAUAAUUUCGGAUAUCGAAUAAAGAAACACAACCCGGCUGCUUAUUAGUGAAUUACACAUGGUUUUUAUUCAUAUUUUAUGUUGCAAUAUAUAAUAUGCAUGCGUUUAAAGGAUUACUCUGAAGAAACUGUUGCUCAGAAGUAACAAAAACGAGUUAAAAAUUUGGAUUGUUUCUUUAAAAAUGGGUUUCACAACGAGGGACAAAACAGAAUAAAAUUUAACCGACAUUGCGGGUAAUUAAAGAUAAAGGAAUAAUCAUGAUGAGCGAUACAUGUUGGAACUUUGGGAGAAAUAAUGUGCUGAAAUGACUUUUGCUAUCUAAACGAUACCUACGACGACGCUUUUUAGGAUAGAGAGGAUAAGAAUGACAAAUGAGUUAUGUGUGUUAACAUUUCUGUUGAACGAAUAUGAACCGUUAGAACGAUGAAAAGUUAAGCUAAAAUGGAGAGCAGUACUAAUAAAUUAAAAGUAUCGAACGGAAAGGUGCGCGCGUGUCAAUUUCAGCUCAGUAUAGAAAUGUUUAAUAGAUGUACGACGGGACGUGAUGAUAGCCGUGGAACCAUCACACAAAUAAACCAAAAUGGACUAAAGACCUGUGACGAAGUGUACGGUUUUCCGCUUGCUGAAGAACGCGUACA